UUAACUUUCUUACCUUAUCUGGAGCUUAAAUGGACCAUUACCCUAAACUAAAUGAACAUUUCCCCCCACAUUUGAAUAUUAAUAUUAAUUUUUAAACUAAGAACUAAAAAAAAAUUGCUAGGGCUCUAUCGAAUGCAGGGGCGGACUGACUAUUUGGAAACUCAGCACUGCCCUAGGCCCCGGGAUGCCCCUGAUACCUUUUUCAUAGGCUUUUUUGAGUUUGGGCAAGGACACAGGGGCCCCAUGAUCCCCUAUUGCCCGGGGGGCCCCAUG